GCCACUGUUGCUUUCUGGCAGCUAUGACAACGAACUUUGAAAAGUUGGAUGAAUGGCUUCGAGAAAGAAGAAGCUUUCCCCCUCUAAAGUGCACAGAAAGGCUCUGAAAUGCACCGUAUACCUGGACAUUCACAAAGUCACAUGUCCAGGAGUGCUCCUGACUAAAUACAAAGAUAUCUACCUCAGUGUGUGCAUCAUGGGUCAGUACAGGAAGACGCCCUGUCUGCCGCCUGUCUUCCCUUUACGCUUCCACCACAAAAUGGUAUUUGAGAAGACUUUCCCCGGCGUUGUUGACCCUGCUGAUGUAGCUGACCUCCUGGAAGCUGACACAACAUCUUUUGAGCUGAUUCAGUUGGUGCCUCCAGAGGGUGAGGUGUUAGCUACGAUGAAGGAGAGCAGCAGAGACUUCCUGUACCCGGGAGAAGGAGCUUCGGAGAGAGAGACACUGAUGAGGAGAUCUUCCUCCUUUCCUGGAAUCUCCCCCAAAGUGGAGUUCGCCACGACAUCCGUCAUAGAGGAGAGUGAGGGGGGAGACAGCCGGCCUGCCUCACCUCCACAGACCUGCCGUCUCUCUCCAGUGAGGCCGUCUCUAACCCCAUCCCGACAGAAGAAGUGUUCGCCCUCCACGCGGCUUUUUUCAGAAGAAGAAGAUGCAAACCUUAUCUCUUUGAAAGGAGGCAAGGAAAGGCUACAUGUUGAGGACAGAACAACAAACUCUGCACCGUCCUCACCUCCCAGACGCUCCCCUUCUUCAACUCACUCUGUCCGAAGUCCUCUGAAAAACAAGAAGGAAAGAAAACCCAUUUCUCCGAGAGCUUCUACAGACUACCAGCAGCCCACCGUCUCCUCGAGGACCCGAGCGCUGUCUCCUUACACCCACCGGAGGAUGUGCCAGCUGUCGGAGGAAAACCGGCAGAGACUCGGACACCUGCAGCUGGGUCCUCAUCGCUUCAGGAAGGAGACGGAGAGCCUGCCGCCAUUCCUGGUCUCUCGUAGCAGCAGUGCGUCUCUGAUGGGAACUCCUUCCUCCUCACAGAGUGACAGCAUGCAGCGACGCUCCGUUAGCUUCACAGCUGAUCACAGCGAUUCUUCUCUGCUGGGCAGCUACAGACCCAGAACAGCCCCAGUGACAUCUGGUUCUUUGAGGGUCCGGUCGUCUCCAGAGUCCAGACUGGAAACCCAGAACAGAAGUCCAGAGAGGAGAGGGGCUUCCUUCGCUGAGCCAAACUCCAGAAGCCCUCCGACUCUCAGCUCUUCACUCAGAGAGAGGCUACGGACCAGUCAGAUCAGUCCCUCCUACAGCGAGCAGAUCCACAGAAGAGUCCGGAGGAUUCUGCAGACGCACAAAACCACCAAGUGACCUUUGACCUUUAAUUUCCCAAUCUGUGCACGAGGGGACCGAACGACAGAGGCUUCGAUACAGACGUUUCACCGCUAAACGACUCGAAAUCAAUACGUCCAAUUCAAAUUCUGUAGGAGUAGAUACACACAGACACGAACACACCUUUAUAACCUCAGGGUCACUCAGGUAAACAUCUCACACACAUCUUCAUUUACAUCCUUUUGAUUUUAGUGUCACACCUUUCCAAGCACCUGGUUGUUGUUGUUGACCUUUUGAAAGGCGGGACAAAAGUUCAAAAGACGUUUCACCGCUUAAUCACGAAAUCAAAUCAAUAAGUCCAAUUCAAAGUCUGUAGGAGUAGAUACACACAGACACUAACACACCUUUCUAACCUCAGGGUCACUCAGUUAAACAUCCCUUUGAUUUUUGUUUCACACCUUUCCUAGCACCUGGUUGUUGUUGUUGCUACCCUUUGGAAAGGCGGGACAUUUGCAGGGGUUUCGUUCAAAGCAGUGUUUUCCCUCCCACUCAUCAGCUGGGCUUUUUCCUCCUGGAUGGUGAGGCCAAAUGCAGACGUCCUCUAAUGUCUCUAAAGCUGUGUGUGGAAUUGGCUCAGGUAUAAAGAAGCUGUGUGUGUGUAUAUAGAAGGAGACAUGGUGGAUGUAAGCUGUUAAGAGCUCAUCUCUCUCAACACAAAGACAGACACGAAGGUAGCCCAGAGCCACGAGAGACUGAGGAGAUUUAAGACGAGAAACAAAAGUAAUCCUGCAUCAAAGACACAAAUUAAAACGGUCAUUCUCAUCCAUAGUCUUACACUGAAAUGUGUGUCAGAGCUCUUUAAAAUGAACAAUGUGUGAAGAUUUCAUUCAAACAUGGUGUGAAGAGUGUGGGAAAACUUUCACUACAUCAGGUGAUCACACGUAUUCACACUGGAGAUAAACCAUUCAGCUGUGACCAGUGUGACAAGUCAUUCACUACAUCAGGUCAUCUUAAUUCUCAGGGUUCAUACACUUUUUCACCAAUGAUUUUCAAUGACUUCUCCAUGACCUUUACCUAAUUUUCCAUGACCAAAAAAAUGACUCUCAGCGGUACCACUGAAAACGGUUUAUUUUAACAUGGAACAGGAAAAUAAUGUCUGCAUAUGAAACAUGUUGUGCCUAUCUAAAACAAAUCAAAUAGUAGGCUUACUAGCUUCUACACGCUAAAGCAACUGAAAUCUCUCACCAGCAAAAUACCUCGUCAGUUAAAUGACAUUUUAUGUUUCAUUACGAUACAGUAUUUAUUAUCAUUAUAGUAUGACUAUUUCGGCAAUUAGCUAAAAUGAAAAUUAUAUUUGAUGCAACUUUAGUUAAAUUUCCAUAACUUUUCCAGGGCCUGGAAUUUGCAUUUUGAAUUUCCAUGACUUUUCCAGGUUUUGAAUGGCCGUAAGAACCCUGCAUUCUGGUGUGAAAAAACCUUUUCUCAU